UCACUCUGGAGCGGCCCCGGCAGCCGCAGCAGGGGCGGCGGCGGCGGAUCGAGGAGCUCUCCAGGUCGUCCCGGGAGAGGCUGCUGCAGUCCCGGGACAGGAUGUUCUCCAAGUUCACCUCCAUCCUGCAGCACGCCGUGGAGGCGCUUGCACCCUCUCUUCCUUUACAAGAAGAUUUUGUUUAUCACUGGAAGGCAAUUACUCAUUAUUACAUAGAGACUUCAGAUGAUAAAGCCCCAGUGACUGAUACAAACAUUCCAUCCCAUCUGGAACAGAUGUUGGAUAUACUGGUUCAAGAAGAAAAUGAACGGGAAUCUGGAGAGACGGGGCCAUGUAUGGAAUAUUUACUCCAUCACAAGAUCUUGGAAACUUUAUAUACCUUGGGGAAAGCUGAUUGUCCUCCAGGAAUGAAGCAGCAGGUCCUGGUGUUCUAUACUAAACUUCUGGGAAGAAUCCGGCAGCCACUACUUCCACACAUUAAUGUGCACCGGCCUGUGCAGAAAUUAAUUCGACUCUGUGGUGAAGUACUUGCAACACCAACGGAAAAUGAAGAGAUUCAGUUUCUCUGCAUUGUGUGUGCAAAGCUGAAGCAGGAUCCCUACUUGGUUAAUUUUUUCCUGGAGAACAAAUUGAAGUCCUGGGCUUCUAAAGGAGCACCAAAUGUAAUUUCAGAAGACACACUGAAAGGUCAAGAUUCCUUGUCAACUGAUACAGGACAGUCUCGGCAACCAGAGAAGCCGUCUAGUGCUACUGCAGCGGAGCACACAGAGUCGGAGGAUGAGCCCCCGCCCCAGACAGAUGACCUGUCUACAAGCUUGGACGACCUCAGUGCUGCGUCACUGCCAGAGGCCUCAGUAGUGCGUCCAAACCAGGAUUAUAAUUUAGUGAAUUCCUUAUUAAAUCUUACCCGAAGCCCUGGGUGUGUUUCUCCCCAGGAUGGCCGCAUAGCCGUGAAAGCGUGUGAGGGCUUGAUGCUGUUAGUGAGUUUGCCAGAGCCCGCAGCUGCGAAGUGCCUUACCCAGAGCACUUGCUUGUGCGAACUACUGACGGACAGACUCGCCUCCCUGUACAAGGCCCUACCUCAAUCUGUGGACCCCUUAGACAUUGAAACAGUGGAAGCCAUUAACUGGGGCUUGGAUUCAUACAGUCAUAAAGAAGAUGCUUCCGCAUUUCCAGGAAAACGAGCCUUAAUUUCAUUUCUUUCCUGGUUUGAUUAUUGUGAUCAGCUCAUCAAGGAAGCACAAAAGACUGCUGCUGUUGCUCUUGCCAAAGCUGUUCAUGAAAGGUUUUUCAUUGGUGUUAUGGAACCUCAGUUAAUGCAAACUUCUGAGAUGGGCAUUCUGACGUCAACUGCUCUGCUUCAUCGUAUUGUUCGGCAAGUAACCUCUGAUGUUUUGCUUCAAGAAAUGGUGAUGUUUAUUCUUGGAGACCAGAGAGAACCAGAGACUCUUGCAGAAAUUAGCAGACAUCCUUUAAGACAUAGGUUAAUUGAACAUUGUGAUCACAUAUCUGAUGAGAUAAGCAUAAUGACACUGAGGAUGUUUGAACAUCUUCUACAAAAACCCAAUGAGCACAUUCUUUACAACUUGGUCCUAAGAAAUCUUGAAGAAAGAAAUUAUACAGAAUAUAAACCUUUGUGCCCAGAAGAUAAAGAUGUAGUAGAGAAUGGAUUAAUAGCAGGCGCAGUAGAUCUGGAAGAAGAUCCCUUAUUUACUGACAUUUCACCAGAUAAUACUUUGUCAAAGAAAGAGUGGCUUAGUUCUUCACCCCCAACUACACCAGAUCACCCCAAGAAUGAUGGGAAGACUGAAGUCCAUAAAAUUGUAAAUAGUUUUCUUUGUCUGGUACCGGAUGAAGCAAAAUCAUCCUACCACGUUGAGGGCACUGGCUAUGACACCUACCUCCGAGAUGCUCACAGGCAGUUUCGGGACUACUGUGCUAUCUGCUUAAGAUGGGAAUGGCCUGGAUCUCCGAAAGCAUUGGAAAAGUGCAACUUAGAAGCAGCUUUCUUUGAAGGUCACUUUUUGAAGGUUUUGUUUGACAGAAUGGGAAGAAUUCUUGAUCAGCCGUACGAUGUGAAUCUACAGGUGACUUCAGUGUUGUCCAGAUUGUCCCUUUUCCCUCAUCCACACACACAUGAGUACCUUUUGGAUCCCUACGUGAACCUUGCCUCUGGCUGUAGAUCGCUCUUCUCUGUAAUCGUCAGGGUUGUUGGAGACCUUAUGGUUCGGAUUCAGCGUAUUCAAGACUUCACACCUAAGCUUCUGUUAGUCAGGAAGCGAUUGCUUGGUUUGGAACCUGAAGGGCCUGUUAUUGACCACAUCACAUUGCUAGAAGGUGUGAUUGUGUUAGAAGAGUUCUGUAAGGAGCUGGCGGCAAUUGCGUUUGUGAAAUACCACGCUUCUUCCACACCAUAAGUAGUGACUAGGGGACUUUCAACUCUCAAGUCACUUGGGGAACCGAACUGUCAUGUACAUGUCAUCAGAGAAGACUCAGUUCCAUCCAGUCAAGAGAGGAUAAAAAGCCUUUUUAAAUGAAGUAUUAUUGUAAACUGGACAGAGCCUUUUAGGCGAAUACUCUUGGUAAAAUGUGGCAUAAUGUUUUCAUUGGCUUUACCGUGAUGGAUCUCUGUGUUGUACGUUGUGUAACCCAGGAUACAGUCAAAGGAACUCCAGGAAAUAGGCAUUUCUAAUGACUGUGAAGUGCUGAAAAAUUCCUGGUGUCAUGACUUUGAGGAUAUUUCUGUUAUCUUAACAUCCUUUUAGGUAGCAAGACAUUUUGACAUUCUCUGGAUCUCAAAUGCUUAGCUUGUUUUGGAUUAAUAAGUAGCAAAAAAUUCACUAAUUUUGUAACUUUUUAAGGUAAAGAUUCAUAUCAAAGUAUUUAAAACUGUAAAUGAGAAAAAGCAUAAUUCAGGAACCAUCCAUGAAUUGUUGAUGAUAGUAAAUAAAAAUGUGUAGACCAGUAUCAACUUUCUUUAGCUUUUCUAAGAAUAACAAUUUAAUAUGAUACAAAAAUUCUUGUUUAAUAUAUAUUUUUAAAGAGACAUUCUUUUACUCUUUUGUGCACAUAGCCAUGUUAGUGGUUAAUUUUCAUGUAUGGGUCCCAGUUUACUUAAACUGGCAUUUUUGAAACAUUGAAUUUAUGUUCAUCAUUGGUUGUGUUUGUUAAAAUAGUGUUUUUUACCUAACUAGUAUGUACUCAGUUGACAACUUAUUUCUUCUCUUUCCCUCUCUGAAAAUUAGUUUUUUGAAAUUCCGCAUAAUUGAUUUUCUUACUGAAGCUAAUGGUAGUGUCCAGGUAGGCAACAAUCAGAAUGCCAAUGGCAUCGUAAUGUUUACAUUUUUUUCAUUUCACUUUGUUGUCUGUUGUCUUAAAUGAUUCUAAAGAAAUGAAAGAAAACAGCCCUUUAGAUGUCCUGUCUAUAUGUUGAAGGAUGCGUGUGAAGGGGUGUACGUGCACAAGUGUCGGUGUAACACUGUAGGCUGUGGCAACGUUACAUCAGGCGUUGGCUAGCGUCCUUCUGUUCUUUCUUUAAGUGAUGUUUAUUGUCCCAAUAUCGCUUUAAAGCUUUUUUUUUUAAUGUUAAGCAGCAGCACUUUCCUCUUUUAUCUUUCCAUUUACUGAUUUUGGGGGAGAUCCUGUAAACAUUCCAUCUCGGGUCACCUUGGGCGGCUCGGCCUCAGCCCUUGUGAAAGCCAUGUUAUGUGGCAUGUUUGCAUACAGAGUCAUGUUUUAUGCUUCUCUGCUCAUUUUGUUAUAGUGUUUCUGAUUGAUUUUAUAGUUAGCUUUUGCUAUUUAUUAAGAACAAAAUAUCAAGACUAUGAAUAAUCUCAGCUCUAAAAUGUUCAUCGUUGUUAAAAAAGGACUAAAUUUCUAAUUUAACACAAAUCUUUCUUAGUUUGGUCUAAAAAAUUCAUUAAGUAAAACAGUGAAACAGCAAAAACAGGAGAUAGUUACUUCAUGUAACUUUCUGUAAUUUUGAAUGAUUGGAAGCAUUAUUCAGUUUGCUUUGUUGAUCAGUUUAUGGAAGAAACACUGAGGCAUCUCCAUUUUUAGUUAUAGUUACAGUCUACUUUGAUAUGUAUAUAUUUAAAAUAAGGCAUUAAGAGAUGUUAGAUAUUUCUAAAUGCUUUUGUAGUGCUUAAUAGGAAUAGUGUAACCUCUCAAACCAAAUACUCUUUUAUCUUUGAUUUUCACAGUGGGACCUUGUAGCUAAUCCAUGAAACCAAGCCCAGAAAAGCUUUAACUCAUAUUUGUGUGUGUGUGUGUGUGUGUGUGUGUGUGUGUGUGUGUGUGUGUCUGUAUAUCUGUCUGUGUGUGUGUUGCUUCUGAAAAUAUAAUUUUCCUAAGUUAUUAUAAUGACUUUGAUAUAAUCAGCUAAAGUUUAAGGUUUAGUUUGUUUCGCUUUUCUCUUUAUCUCCUUUUUUCUUUUAGCAUAUUUAGUUUGGAUUUAGUGCCAGCUCAAGUUCUCACACUUAGUCAAAUUUGUUAAUUUAGCAAAGCAUUGACUAUGACAUCAUUGGCCAUAUUCUUGUUGUCUGUCAGAAGCUGAAUAUUUCCAAUACUCAGUGCUUGUAAGAAGGGUCAGAGAGGGCACCGUGUCAAGUAGAAAGUACCACCUCAGCAGCUGAUUGUCAUCCAUAGCAGGUUCUAAACUUAAUUUUAGCUUUGCUUUACAUUUUUAUAAAUAGGUAUGCACAUUUUUUAAACUUACCAACAAUGUAGUCUUUGGAUUUAUUUUUAGUAAUGAGGCACAUUCUUUACUUCAUAGAACUCAGAUUUGUCUUAUCCAGUUAUCAUCGUAGGACUCACACUCUAAUGAUGUAAUGUUUUCAAAAUGUAUCUGUGCAAUAUGGAAGCUGUGAGUGGUUUCACAGUUUGGGGGUUUAAUUGUAUAUUACUAUGUGUACAUGUGUAUAUAUGUAUGUAUAUAUAAGGACCAAAAUCCUUAGCUUGCUUACACUAUUGCUAGUGUAAAGAUUGUUACACUUAAUUUUACAGGGCACAAAUUGCAGAAUUACUUCAUAAAUUCAUGGUAACAUUUCUACAAUUAUUGUAUUACUAUAUAAUUACCAUUGAAUUAUGAAGGGAGCAGGUAUUGACAAAAGAAGUUACAGUGAAGUGCUGAAGCUACAAAUUACACGGUCAUUAAAUUUGGGGGUCAUACAGUAAAUCAAAAUGUGCAUGUCACUGUGACACUUGAUAUGCUCAAACAUGCUAUAUAUGCAUACUUCUGGGCCCUGUAAAAUAGUGUUACUGUAAUAUCUGUUGGCCUCCUGCCUUGUUUACAUUAAACAAAGGAUAGUUGGUGAAUUUUUCUAUGAACAUUGUCUGGGUCACUGACAGUGUUAGUUGCCACCGUCUGGAAUUCUUGGGCUUCUAGGGAGAUGCUCUUCAGAUGGCGUGUUCUAUACUGUCUUUAAAGGGGAUUGUGAUCAUGUUCAACUUUUUGUGCUAACAAUGCAUGCAGGACUAAGAGGGAUAAUCAAAAAUAAAUAAUAUAAUUUAAGCAAA